GCUUUUCAGAUAUUAGUUGAUCACUGUGGAGCUUGGUUAGAACUAAGCCUGUGACUAAAGUGUUGCACUGGGGAUUAUUUUAGUGGAAACCGGAUUUUCGCGAUAGUGUCACUUGAUUAGGCUGAAGCAGUUCGUUACGAACCUACGAGAAUAAAAUGGAAAAUUUGUCUAAGAAGGUGGUUUUGGUGGGGAUCCUGCAAGUGUUGCUGGCUGUACAACUAUGCUCAGCCGAAAAGUUCGAAGUUAAACCUGCGUUCAUCAAGACAUGCAGAUUUUCGGAUGCAGAUUUUGUAGCUUGCUCAACAGAGUCAGUGCAAGGACUGUUCGAUAAACUUGUGACUGGAAUCGAAGGUUUGGAGCACGUCGGUACGAUUGACCCGAUGAAGAUCAGCAAGAUCCGGAUCCUGCAAGGGGAUGGACCCGUGAGCGUCAACGCGUCCCUCUCGAAAGUGGUGGUGACCGGGUUCUCCAACACGAAAAUUUCCAUCCAUAGUGUCAGCAGUCGGGACUUCAGCUGGGAGACACACAUAAGGCUGCCGAAGAUGCGCAUCGAAGGAAACUACCACAUGCAGGGCCGAAUCUUGGUGAUUCCACUGAACGGUCACGGCAAAUGCUGGUUCGAACCGAGUGACAUGGACAUCAUCAUGAAGACGACCACCACGCUGUACGAGCAGAACAACCACGUGUUCUACAACGUCACGGCCACCAAGGUGGAUUACACUAUCUCCGGCCUCAAGCUUCACAUGGGCAAUCUUUUCGAAGGCGUAAAGGUCCUCGAGGACAGCACCAACCAGUACUUGAACGACAACUGGCGACCCGUGUCCGAAGCGUUGAAGCCCAUCAUUGCCAAAACCAUCGAGGACAUCCUGUUGGCCAUCAUGCAGAACAUCUUCUUCCAAAUUCCGGCUGAGUAUUUCGUGGCUGAUCUACCGCGUUCCGGCUAAAAAAACGUAAGGUAAGCACUAUUCAUUUUGUAUCGAUUGCAGCAUCAUUCCUAUAGCCGUUUGUUGUAAAUAAAUUUUUCGUCUAUUCGUUAAA